CCAAGCAAAUCUCUUCCCCAAACUAUCGAAACAAAGAUGGGUGCGAGUAUCCUUGCCUCUCUCGUAGAUGCAGCUCUGUCGAAGGUGAUGGCUGUUGUUUCUGAUCAGUUCACCUCUCUCAAAGAUGCAGCUGUGUCGAAGGUGACUGCUGUUGCUUCUGAUCAGUUCAAUUUAGCACGGGGAUGGAACAAUGAUCUGACGGAGUUUCGUGAUACAAUGAAGACGCUCCGAGGUUUCUUGCAAGAUGCUAAUGAAAAGAACGUCAGUGGCCACCUUGCUCUGAAGAAGUGGCUCCAGGAUCUUCGAGAUGUUGCAGAUGAGGCUGAUGAUAUACUGGAGGAGGUCGCUUAUGAAGGUAUGCAGCGGGAAGUUAACAAACCAAAGGUCAGGCGCUUAACUCUGCCUGACCCCUCGCCCUUGCCAUUUCGCCAGGAAAUGGCUAAUAGAGUUAAGGGUUUGAAUAAAAAACUUGCUGAUAUCAAUUCCUCGGCUCAUCAGUUGGGAUUGCAAUACAAACUUGCAAACGUGGUUCCUGAACCCAGAGGCAGGGCAGGCCGAGAGACCCACUCUUUUCUUUCAUCUCAAGUUUUUGGAAGAGGGGAAGAUGUCUCUAAAAUAGUCAGCUUCUUGGUUGACUCAAGUAGUCAGCAUGCCCUCCCUGUCAUGAUUAUAGUGGGUAUGGCAGGCCUUGGCAAAACCACUAUAGCAAAAGCAGUGCUUAAAAAUGAUAAAAUACGAGAGCAUUUUGGUGAUAAUAAAAUGUGGGUUUGUGUGUCUGAAAAUUUUGAUGUCAAAAUGAUUUUAAUGGAGAUGUUGAAGUCUUGUGGUGGAAGUAGUAGUGGUGAUGGUGAUUUUAGAAGCAAAGAUAUAGUGAUGAAGAAAAUACAAGAGAAGUUGGGGGGGGAAAAUUAUCUUCUCAUACUAGAUGAUGUCUGGAAUGAGGAGAGACUGAAGUGGGAGGAUUUAAGGGAUUGCUUGUUGGGAAUAAGUGGAAGUAAGGGGAGUAGAGGUAAGGUGCUUGUGACAACCCGGCUUGAAGAUGUUGCAUCAGUAAUGGCACUUACUGAUGAACACAUCCAGCGUCCUCGGCAAUUAAAUGAAGAUGAGUGCUGGAGUAUAAUCAAGCAGAGAGCAUUUGGAGACAAUUCAGUAACUGAGGGGUUAGAGGGAAUUGGAAAACAGAUUGCUAAAAGGUGUAAAGGCAUUCCACUAGUUGCAAGUAUUGUAGGGGCUUUUUUGCAGAAAAAGAGGGACAAAAGGGAGUGGCAGGCAAUUACAGAGAAUUGUGUUUGGGAUUCACUGGAAAAGCAGGAGGGGAUCUUGGAUAUUGUAAAAUUCAGCUAUGAUCGCUUGCCCACACUGGCUUUGAGGCAAUGUUUUGCAUUUUGUUCCAUUUUUCCAAAGGAUUUUGUCAUGGAAAGGGAGAUGCUAAUUCAACUUUGGAUGGCUCAAGGAUUUCUUGAAUCACCUGAAGAAAUUAGUAAUAUGGCAGCGGAAGAUAUUGGUGACAAGUAUUUCAGAUAUUUGUUAUCAUAUUCCCUAUUUCAAGAUGAAAGGAGGGAUGAUGUAACUGGGAGUGUUAUAUCUUGUAAGAUGCAUGAUUUGAUUCAUGAUUUUGCUCAGUCAAUUUCAAAAUCUGAGACCCUAAUUGUUGAGGGGCAGCCUGGGAGCAGUAUUUCUCAUGAUGUUAGGCAUUUGAAUCUAAUUGAUGGGAGGGAAAUGGUGCCAUCUAUUUCAGGAGAUGUUGCUAAAAAGUUGCAGACAUUGUUUUCCAAGCAUAGUUUUUCUAAUGGUGUGCAAGUGGAUCUUAUGAGGUUACGAGUUCUCAGCAUUGCAGAUGCUUGUCAUGCAAAACAAUUGCUGACGUGCUUUGGCAACUUGAAGAGGUUGAGGUACUUGGACAUUUCAAGCACUCAGAUAGAAGAACUGCCCAAAUUCAUCUCCGAGUUGUUCAAUCUACAAACAUUUAGAUUCAUGCAUUGCAGAUAUCUUAAAAUGCCUGAAGGAGGAAUAGGAGAUUUAAUCAACUUGAAGCAUAUUUAUUUCAGUGAUGAAGAGCGUAUGCCUGCAAACCUUGGGAGACUAACCAACCUACAAACAUUGCCAUUAUUUUUUGUAGGUACAACAAAAGGACGUAAGAUUGAAGAAUUGGGAAGCUUAGGAGAACUCAAAGGAAGACUAGAGAUCCAUAAGCUUGUGCUAGUUGCAAGCAAAUCGGAAGCAGAGGGAGCAAAGUUAAAAGACAAGGCAGUUGAGGAUUUGGAAUUUUGUUGGUCGAAUGGCAAAGGCAAUCAAGAUAAAGAUGAAGAUGUCUUAGAAGGCCUCCAACCCCCCUCAAAUAUAAGAAGAUUAAAGAUUGCUUUCUAUAGAGGUAGAAAGUUGGCAUCAUGGAUGUUGUCACUCAACAAUUUGGUGGAUCUGACAAUAUCCCAUUGCUAUAUGCUUCACAGAAUUCCAGAUAUCAGUGGGCUUCUAUCUCUUCAGCAGCUUCAUGUUUACUGGUGUUUUGAAGUAACUAGUUGGGGUGAUGGUGAUGGAGCAUUUACGUCUCUCAAACAAUUAUCCAUAUUCAGGUGUGAUAAGUUAGAGAGAGUUUUGGUUAGUGGAUUAUCAUCCCUGGAGGAACUCAGCAUUCUAGCUUGUAUUGUGGUAAAUAGCAUAGGAGAUAGCCUAUCAAGCUCCACGUGUCUCAAACGUUUGUAUCUGGGAGGCUGCUCUAAAUUGCAGUCUAUUCCAAGUCUAGAAGGACUUGUCUCUCUCAAAACAGUAUAUAUUUCCUAUUGUAAUGAAUUAGAGCGUCUACCGAGUGGGCUCUCAUCCUGCACUGGUCUGGAGAAAUUGGAGAUAAGGGGUUGCUCUAAUUUGGUUUCUAUUCCUGAAGAAUUGAAACAGUUGCAGUCUCUUGUUGAGUUGGUUUUUGAAUAUUGUCCAAAAUUGAAGUUUAUUCGUCUAGAAGGACUUGUCUCUCUCAAAACACUAAAUGUUACCAACUUGAAGACAUUAAGGCUUGGCCUUUUCUCAGAAGAGCUGGAGGAAUUCCCAGAUUUGAGUUCCACUUCCUCCCUUGAAGUCUUGCGUUUGGAAGGAUGGGGGGAAUCGCUAACUCUGCCACAUCAAAUUCAUCGCCUCACUACUCUCAGGAACUUAACUAUCAAAAGCGUCAAUGGAGUGGAAGAAGCUUUAUUGGGAAACCUUUCUUGUCUUAAAACACUUGAAAUUCAAGAUUGUUGUCGGUUAGAGUGUCUAUCAGGUGGGCUGUCAUCUGUUGAGGAGCUGAAGAUAAAAAAUUGCCCUAAUCUGGUCUCUUUCCAAGGAGAGUGGAAGGAAUUGCCUUCUCUAACCAUUGUAGGUUGUCCGAAAUUUGUGGGCUUCCUAGAGGAGAGUCUCGGCUGCUUUACUAGGUUGAAGAGAUUAGAGAUCGGCCGUUUCUCAGAAGAAUUCCCAAGUCUGAGUUCCAUCCCCGCCUCCCUUGAAAAGUUGAUUCUGUGCGGAUGGAAAAAACUAACUCACCUCCCACAAAUUCAACACCUCACUGCUCUAAAGGAGUUGACUAUAUUUGACUUCAGUGGAAUGGAAUCUUUGCCAGACUGGUUUAGCAACUUGUCCUCUCUUCAACAACUUCAUAUUAGGUUCUGCCCAAACAAGUUAACGGGAAGAUGCACCAAGGGAAGCGGUCCUGACUGGCACAAGAUUUCUCACAUUCCAUACAUCAUAAUAGAUGGGAGGACCAUCCAAUUGGAAGAUGGAUACGAAUCCGAAGACUGAGGCAAAGAGGUUUGUGUUUCUUUUUUCUCACAACUGCACUUGUACAAAUUCCCGACACCAAAAAGUAAAAUCUCUCUCCUCAUCCUCUAUCAAUUAAUUGGAUUGAUGCUG